AUGGCUGAUGAUCUGAGCCGAGAAGACGAGAAACAGAGAAGGAAGAAGAUGUUGAUGUCCUUUCAUAUAACCGAGAAGACGGGCGGAGGGGUAGAAGCCGACGAACCGCGAUCUGUGCACGGGCAGAAGCCGAGCCGAUCUGUGCAGAGCCGGCUGCGGUUGUACCUCACCUGCAUCGGGAACGCGCUGGAAUUCUUUUUUAGCUUCAGCUCUGAGGCUCCUCCUCCUGCUGCUACUGUUCCCAGUUCAUCACGAGCCGACGAGCCUGCUGCAGUUGCAAUGGAAUCAACACCUGGUGGCACUACCACCACCACUAUAUUGAGAAGAAAGGAUCUCCACAUCGGAUUAAAAGGCGCAAACUUACAUCUGAGAUAUGGGAAGAUUUUGAGGCAAUAUAUGACCGUGAAACUGUGGCUGAAGCUCGGUGCUUACACUGCCAUAAGUUAUUCAAGAAAAGGCCUGGCCUAUAUCAUUCGAUCAUUCAUGGAUCUAGAAAUAAACUUAGAGGAGUUGACAAGGAUUACUGACAAUUUUUCUGUAGAGAAAAUAGUUGGUUGGGGUGGUUAUGGAGAAGUUUACAAGGAGGCUGUUCACGAAGUCUUAUCAAGAAUCAAGGAGGGUUAUGCGGAGAAGUCAGAUGCAAAGGAGCACAUAGAGAGGAUGGAGAUGGCCCACAUCAAGCUAGAAGCUGCCCUUGAGACAUCCAAGAAGUGGAACGUCACCAGCGCGCCACUGCUACGCUGGCGGAGCAAGCUCAAGCGUGCCACACAGGAGUGCAACCACACUUUGCGCUGUAGCGGUAACGACGACAAGCUCAGAGGAUCCACCGUUCUCCGGCGAUUCGAGCGCUUUGCAGAUGGUGCGACCGAGUUCUUGAGGUAUGUGGAGCUUGGUGGCACACCAUGCAGAUACAUGUUCUCCGUGCCUCUUAUACGCCAUCUUCUCGCUGGCAAAGGAACAAAGUAUUGCUUUGUUCGUGGGGGCCAACAUCUCUCACUUAUUCUACAGCCCUUUAGUCUGCCCAACAAUGGGAUGGGGUGGGGGGGGGAGCUUGGUAUUCUUACUUGA